ACGGCGUCCGGAUGUGGACGUGGCACAGCGCUGCAGCAGUUCCGUUGAAUGUCCGCUUCUGCUACCGAGAAGGGAUUAGUGAGCAACACCCCGGGACGGCAUCGGCUUUUAGUUCUGUCGGCCACAGGGCUUCCUCGUUUGCCUCGAACAACGGAUUGCCUUACUAUUUACACCUCUACCGAGAUUUAGGGAUGAUCUGAGGAUGAAUGUAAACCAGCACACUCCAAUGGCCUCUCCUUACGGCCAGCCCCAGCCUGGCUACGGUCAACCCAGCUACGCUCCCCUGGAUGGGGGAUACCCUGCCCCUUAUGCACCUUACAACGGCCCUGCUUCAGCCUAUCAGCCUGGAGUUCCACCACAAGGUUAUUCUCCUUUCACAAGCUUUCCCUCUAAGGCUGUGGCAGCCAACCCAGUCUCUGACCUCUCCUCUCCUCUUGACUUAGGUCCAACAAGGGGUCCUCCCACCUCUGCACCUCCCCCUGCUUCAGCCCCUCAGCAUUACAACCAAUACACCCACAGUCAAGGGGACGUGCAAAAUGGACCCCCACCUAUGACACAGGCACCGCUCAGGCCUGCUGCAGCCCAGCCGUACAACCAGGGACAUAUGAACAUGACAGGGCCGCUCGCAUCCUAUCCACAGCACUACGGGCCUCCACCUCUGAUGCAACAGGUCACCAAUCAGAUGACUGGGAUGCAGAUCACAUCCGGCCCACCAACCGCUGCAGGGCCAGGAUAUGCUCCUCCUCACAGCUCCCAGCCUCCCAUCAAUACUGCCUACACUGCUGCUACUCAGUCCUCCUACACCCAGGUUUCCCCUCCCGCAUCAUCUGCUCCCACCCAGCCUCCACCUCCAAGUGGUCCUGCAGCUUCUCAGGAGUACUAUAGAGGCCCUCCACCUCCUUCUCAACAGCCAUUUGACUCAUCUCUUCCCCCCACCUCCCAGCAGCACUUAACCUCUUCUCUUCCACCACCACCAUCCCAGCAGACAUUUCCCCCCUCCUCUUUUUCGGAUCCAGCACCUCGCCUCCAAGCCCCAGCAGUUUCCCAACCCCAGCCGCCCUUCCCUACUCCUCAACCGGCUUUCCCAUCAGCAACACAGUCUGUUAGCCAGCCUGGCUUUCCUGGUGGUCCAACUCCAUCGGCUCAAGGCUCCUUUUCACCUCAACCGACACCACCUUCCUCUCAGCCAGGGUCUUUUCCUCCCCCUGGUCCUCCUCCCACCUCAGCUGCCUUGGGUCAGUUCAUCAACCCCAUGGCUCAGCAACAGCACCCUCCUGCAACCCAGCCAUCACCCUACCACUCAGGACCCCCGCCUCCCAGAGCUCAAAUGCCUCCAACCUCAAUGGGACAGAGCUACCACCAGCCUCCUGGACCACAGGGUCCUCCGGGCCCUCCAGGUCCUCCAGGACCCAUGUCGCAGCCUCCCGCUCAGCCUGGCAUGCAGACUGGAUACCCUCCUCAACAAAAUGGUGCAUUUGGGCAAGUGAGAACCCCUCAGCCUGGAUAUCCAGGUCCUUAUCCUGGACAACCAAACUAUGGAGCACCAGCUCCUGCCCCAGCUCCUGCUGCACAGAAAAGACUUGAUCCGGAUACAAUUCCCAGCCCGCAAGCGUCUGACAUGCCGGCUGUGCAGAAAUCAAGACAUAGAAUAGAUCCAGAUGCUAUCCCAAGCCCAAUCCAGGUAAUAGAGGACGACAAGGCUAAGACCACUGAGCCAUUCACGACAGGGGUCAGGGGUCAGGCCCCCCCUCUGGUCACAACCACCUUUCAGGUCAAAGAUCAAGGAAAUGCUAGUCCCAGGUUUGUCCGCUGUACGGCCUACAAUAUGCCGUGCACGUCCGAUAUGGCCAAGCAGUCCCAGGUCCCUCUGGCUGCCGUCAUCAAGCCCCUCGCCACGCUGCCCCCAGAUGAGACCCCUCCAUACGUGGUGGACCACGGCGAGGCCGGUCCAGUCCGCUGUAACCGAUGCAAGGCCUACAUGUGUCCAUACAUGCAGUUCAUAGAGGGAGGUCGCCGCUUCCAGUGUGGCUUCUGCAGCUGUGUCACAGAGGUGCCUCCGCAAUACUUCCAGCAUCUGGACCACACCGGUAAGAGAGUGGACUGCUACGACAGGCCGGAGCUGUCGCUGGGCACCUAUGAGUUCCUGGCAACUGUUGACUAUUGUAAGAACAACAAGGUUCCUGAGCCCCCAGCUUUCAUCUUCCUCAUCGAUGUGUCCUACAAUGCAGUGAAGAGCGGCAUGGUCAACAUAGUCUGUAAUGAACUCAAGAGCCUGCUUGAUCUUCUGCCCAGGGAAAACCCAGAAAUGGAUUCUGUGGUGCGGGUGGGUUUCGUCACCUACAACAAGGUUCUGCACUUCUACAACGUGAAGUCGACUCUCGCCCAGCCCCAGAUGCUGGUCGUGUCCGACGUGUCGGACAUGUUUGUGCCACUGCUCGACGGGUUCCUGGUAAAUGUGAACGAAAGCCGGCAAGUCAUCGAGAGCUUGUUGGAGCAGAUCCCAGAGAUGUUUGCAGACACCAGGGAGACAGAGACGGUCUUCGGACCCGUCAUCCAGGCAGGACUGGAAGCUCUUAAGGCUGCCGACUGUGCCGGGAAGCUGUUUGUGUUUCACACCUCUCUGCCCAUCGCGGAAGCUCCUGGAAAACUGAAAAACCGAGAAGAUAAGAAGCUAAUCGGGACUGACAAGGAAAAGACUCAGUUUCAACCGCAGGUUGGAUUCUACAACAACCUGGCUAAGGAGUGUGUCGCCCAGGGAUGCUGUGUGGAUCUUUUCCUCUUCCCUAAUCAGUACGUCGAUGUGGCCACGUUAGGAGUGGUUCCUGUCUCCACUGGAGGUUCAGUCUAUAAAUAUACCUAUUUUCAGGCUCAGACAGAUCAAGAGCGAUUCCUGAAGGACCUCAGGCGAGAUGUUCAAAAACAAGUCGGGUUCGAUGCCGUUAUGAGGGUGCGGACAAGCACAGGGAUCCGAGCGACAGACUUCUUCGGCUCAUUUUUCAUGAAUAACACCACGGAUGUGGAGCUGGCGGGCCUGGACUGUGACAAGGCCAUCACUGUCGAGUUCAAACAUGACGACAAGCUCAGCGAGGAGACCGGAGCCCUCAUGCAGUGUGCCGUGCUGUACACGAGCUGCAGCGGUCAGAGGCGUCUGCGCGUCCAUAACAUGGCUGUGAACUGCUGCUCGCAGCUAGCCGAUCUCUACCGCAACUGUGAGACGGACACGAUCAUCAACUACUUCGCCAAAUAUGCUUUCAGAGGUGUUGCAAACAACCCCACCAAGGCUGUGAGAGACACUCUGGUCAACCAGUGCGCUCAGAUCCUGGCUUGCUAUAGAAAGAACUGUGCCAGUCCAUCGUCUGCUGGUCAGCUCAUCCUACCGGAGUGCAUGAAGCUUCUCCCCGUUUAUCUGAACUGCGUGAUGAAGAGUGACGUCCUGCUGCCUGGAGCCGACGUCUCAUUGGACGACAGAGCUUACCUCAGGCAACUGAUUGGCUGCAUGGACGUCGCAGACACCCACGUCUUUUUCUACCCCCGCCUGCUGCCAGUGAUGAAGUUGGAAAGCGGCUCUUUGCCCGUAGCAUUGAGGGACUCCGAGGAGAGGCUCUCCAAAGGAGGAAUCUACCUGAUGGAGACAGGGCUCCACCUCUUCCUGUGGGUGGGAGCCAGCGUUCAGCAGGAGCUGCUCCUCAACAUCUUCGGCACUCCGAGCUUCAGCCAGAUCGAUCCAAACAUGAUAACUCUACCUGUCCUGGACAACCCGUUCUCACAAAGACUCAGAGAGAUCAUCGACUCCUUCAGGGCGCAGCGGUCACGAUACAUGAAGCUGAUGGUGGUGAAACAGGAAGACCGAACCGAGCUGAUCUUCAAGCAUUUCUUAGUGGAGGACAAGAGCGCCAGCGGGGGAGCGUCAUACGUAGACUUCCUGUGUCACAUGCACAAGGAGAUCCGCCAGCUUCUCAGUUAAGGGCCUGGAGAUUCCCACCUUUCGCCCACGAGCCCCAGUCACCUUUCACCCUGCAAAUGUUUUCUUUUUUAACCCUACAAAAUAAAACUCUCCUUGCUGUCUGGGGGCUGACCUCCAGCUCACAGAUCAAGUCCUGAAUGAUCGUUUGUGAUUGAGUGUGAGAGGGAAAAGCUUUACUCUGCCUCAGAUCUGCUGCUCCUGCACAGUAAGGGCAUAAUAACUGACAAGGAAGGGUAAUGUAUGUAAGAGAACAACUAUGUAUGCAACAGACUGAUAAUGAAAGAGGAAGCUUGAUAACUAUAGUUGUAUUGUCUGUAUUAAUAGCACUGAAAGGUUUUUCUUUUUUGGGUGGGGAGGGCUUAAAUGACUCAGAUAGCAAACACUUUUUAUAUAUGAUUGAGUCCCAGUACAGUGACAGACAUCUAUGUAUGGAAAUAAAAGUAAAUAAAUGCUGUUUUAGAUGUCUCUUAUCCACUUUAAUCAUGGCCUUAGUCCGCCAUGCUGCUCUAAUCCAUGGUGUGUGUGUGUGUGGCUGAUUUUUUUUAAAUCUGCCACUGUGCAUCAGGUGCAAUUAGAGUUUGAACUGAGUCAAAAAUGAUUUAAAUUUAAAUCAAACACCAGAUUGAAUAAAAAUAAAAGAAAGCUCUUAGUAAAUAAGUUUACAUCGGAUUUAAACGUGGCAACAUCUAGCUCCAAAAUCUGUUACGAACCAGAUGUGCACUUCAGAUCACUUUUAUUUGUCUGCUCUUCACCAAAAAAAAUAAAACGGCAAAAAAAAAUAAAACGACAGAUGAAGGAAGAUCGAUAGAGUUUUUGGGAGUUUUUUUAAUUCAAAUGUGAAGGAAAUGUUAGAAUCACUGACGUGCAGCGCUACAGACUUUAUAAGGAUCCAAAUCCGAGGCGUCGGAUGUCCAAACUUGUGUGAAAGAGUCUCCAGCUGAAAGAACCGAGCAGAGAAUGACAGCAGAUGCGCGAACUUUCACUCUUAUCCGCACUGAGAAGCUUUUCAGUGUGUAAAUAAAAUAUAUGAUGUGUACAGAAUUAAUAGAAAUUAACCAUUUUAAAGACCUGGCCGAGCAGCCGGGGUAUUGUGGUGUGUCACGAUCAACUGAGAUUUAAAAAUCGUGGAUUUACUAAAGAGUUUGGCUUUUUGAUAUGUUUCUGUGUUGAGUGAAUGAACGUGGGGUCGGUCCUGGUGAAUUUCUAACGGGGAACAGAGGGAUCAGCCAACACACAACCUUCUGGAUCAACUCUAUCACUUUCUGUUCUGUUUAAACGAUGUGACUUGUGUGUGUGUGUGUGUGUGUUCAGCCCUCUGUUCUGUCUUUACGUCCCAAUCGACCCGCCAUCUUUACUGUAAACAUUUUUUUUUUUCUCAUUUUUCUCUUUUGUUUUUCCAUUGCCUCCAGGGACUGCUAAUAAAAUGAUUGUUUAAAAGUGAAA